ACUUUUUGUUAUUUAUAUGGCAUUGUUUUUUGCGAAUGAGUCACUCUUGGCCUUGCUGUCAUUGCUGAAUUUACUGGUUUUGAAUGAUAUUUCGUUUAGGAGUAGUAAAAUAAAAGAAUUGUUUUUGUGAACAUUUUUUCUAAGGGAAAUAUUAGGUGUGUAAUGGCCGAUCCACGCAUUCGUACCAUUAAGAUUAAAACUGGAGUUGUGAGAAGGUUAGCAAAAGAAAAAACUGUUUAUGAACGUGAGGUAGAGGCACAAAAAGUUCGUAUCGAGAAAUAUAAAGCUGAGGGAAAAGAUGAAUAUGACCUCAGAAAGCAAGAGGAAGUUUUAAAUGAAAGUUUGAUGAUGGUUCCUGAUUGUCAAAGAAGACUAGCUGUAGCUUUUGAGGAUUUAAAGAACAUUUUGGAAACAGAAAAAGACUUACAAGAAUCUGAAGAUUACUUAGCUGCACAAAAAGUUUUGGAUGAGGCGAAAGCGCAAUUGCCCAAAUCAGCUGAAGUGCAUAUGUGUUAAAAGUUACAAAUAUCUAUUUUUUAUGUAGUUCUAGUUAUUAAAGACUUAAUUUUCAUAAUGAAUUUUUUAAAAUAUCAGAACAUUUCUAACCGUAUUGUUAAUAUUGAAGUGCCUGUUGCUACAGAUCCAAGGACUAAUAUUUUACAGAGUCUCUAUAGUCAGUCUAAUGAUGAGUUAUGGAUUGAAUCGUGGUUGCAGCAAAAUAACGUAUAUCAUCCUAUUCCAAAAAUUAAAAUUAAUAAAGCGUCAAAUGUAAUAGGUAUCCACGAAGCCCAAAACUCACUGAAAGAAUGCUUAAAAUUACUCGAAAAACUUAACAAAACACACCAAGAUCUAGAAAGCCAAGCAGAUAGAAUGCCUUCUACCGAAUGGAAGCAGAAAACCGUUGAAAUCGGUAGUAUAAAGGAUCAGUUUACAAAAAUAAUUUCUAAAUUUGAGUCCGGAGACGCCAUAUUCCGUUUGAAGAAAAGCAUCGAUAAAAGAAAGAAAAAGAGAGUGAACCAAAAGAAGAAGAAAGAAUUUAGAAGACAGCAGAUGAAAGAAAAGUUUGAAGCUAGAGAGAAACUUCAUAAAAGUAUUGACCAGUGGUUAGCUAAUAAGAAAGAAGAUGAGGAAAAACUCAAAAUGGCAGAAGAUAUGCAAAAGGACGCUGAUUGUGUAUUGUCGGAAGUAACAAAGAAAAAAUCUGAUGCUAGAAAACAAAUGGCUCUUAUUGGCUCCCUAGCAAAAUUGAGGUUUAUUAGACAUCAUAUGGCCGUCCAAAGAGGCGAGAAACCUUCUUUAGAAGAUCAGAACGCAUUUAACAUAACUGUCUUAAAGUUAAAGAAUAUGUGGGAGUCAUCUCUUCAAACAUAUGCCAAGGAAGAGCAAGGUUUAAAACUGAUGUUGGAAAAGAAUGCUACUGAAGAUACAAAAACGGCAAAGUUAUCUAAAGAACGAAGACUGUUGGAUGAAUGGCAUACAGUGUUUUUUGGUCCUAAACAGUUGAUACCUCAAAAUAAUGCUACUUACUGGGCUUUGACUGCUGCUGAAAGGGACAUGGAAACGUUUAUUGCUAUAAGGAAAAGUUGGGAUACAUUCCUAGUAUCUCCCACCAAUGAGAUGGGCUCCAAAAUUCCAGUUGGUUGGGUUUUACCAGAACCAAAUGAAGGUUGGGCGAAAUAUUUAGCAAAUAAUUGAUCUGCGUUUAGAAUUAACCCAUAUUAGAUGUGCUUGUUUGCCUUUUUAUAAUUUAGUAAAAUAAAUAUGAGUCUCAUUUUA